CCUUGUGUAAUAGAAAUGAAUAAAUAGACCAUACAUAAGGAACUUUGCAAAAGAGGGAUGCCUUUGUAACUAAGGAUCAAAGGAGGAGUGCGGGUCUCGGACGGCUUUUCCUCGUAUUGCAAUAAAAGUCAGCAGCAGAAGCGCAAAGCUCGAACUCACAGGAUAAGAGCAUUUUGACCAGAGGUGAUUCCUAUUAUGAAUCCUUGCUAAUACUGAAUCGCGGGUGUCAUCGGCAUAAUCCGAAGCGAGAGGACCCAGUUGUGGAGUUCCACUUCCCGACUUCUUCACGCUUGGCAGAGAGAGACGUCAAGGGGCCAUGUGCAUCGCCGUGUUCCUCUGGCAAGCUCACCCCCUCUACCCAUUCUUCCUCCUGCACAACCGAGACGAAUACCACAGCCGACCGACGGAGCCAGUGGCGUGGUGGGACAACGGCGAAAUCCUCGGGGGUAGAGAUGGUCUGGCCGAUGGGACAUGGCAGGCUUGUUCGAGGGACGGCAAGAUCGCGUUCGUCACUAACGUCAUGGAAGUCGGCCGCGUCCCCGAGCCCAAGAGCAGGGGAAGCUUGCCUGUUCGUUUCUUGGAGAGCAAGAAGAAUCCCAUGGAGUUUGCAGAAGAGGUUGUCAUGGAGGCACAUCAAUAUAACGGAUUUAACCUGAUAUUGGUGGAUCUAUCUUGCAAAUCCAUGAUCUAUGUGACCAAUAGACCAAAAGAUGGUGAUGUUCUUGUCUCAGAGGUUCCUCCCGGGAUCCAUGUGCUAGCAACUGCAAGUCUAGACACACCUUUGCCUAAGGCUGUUCGAUUGAGGACUAAUUUCAAAAAGUUUUUGGAGAAACAUGGGGGUGGUGAACUUCCAGCGGAAGAAAUGGCCAACAAACUGAUGACGGACACGACAAAGGCCGAUAAAACAAUGCUUCCCGGCAUUUAUUCCGUAGAAUUUGAGUAUUCGCUCAGUUCAAUCUUUGUUGAGGCCAACACCGAGCGGGGACGUUAUGGCACGAGAAGCACAUCUGCAGUAUCGGUGAAGACGAGCGGGGAAGUCGUCUUUUACGAGAAGUACCUCAGGGAGGAAAGUUGGACGGAGCACACAGCGAGUUACAAGAUGGAGCAGAGGGGUACCGGCUGAGCGAUUUCUUGCCUUCGCUUUGAUCGAUGUGCACUAUUUUCUCAAGUCGUUCUCGUCCUCAAUACUCGUGAUGAAGCCGAUACAAAGGAGUUAGAUUUCGCAACAAUGUGCAAUAAGAUGUAAACCCCCACACUCUAAAUUAUGAUAUCAAAGUAUCAAAGUCAAAGAGUUCAUAUCUUUGUACACCAUUAUUUGUAUCUCUAAUAAAAUAUUUCCACAUGAUAUCAAAGUAUCAAAGUCAGAGUUCAUA